AUGUCCGCAAGGCCCCGGCGAACGGCGGUGAAAAGCGCCGCCGCUCCCCGGCAGAGAGCUGGAGCUCAGGCCUCUGUCUCUUCUCGACAUGAGGAGAACGAGGAGAACGAGGGGAACGGGCCCCCUGAGGCCCUCAAUGAGUCCCUGGCCAGGCUGGUGCAGGCCAAGCGCCAGGAGCUGCAGCGGCAGCUGGCCAAGGCGCAGAGGACGUCCCUGCGUCCAGCGGACGCCCAGCCCGAGGCAAGCGAGGAGACAAGUCUGGGGCCGAUGACGUCACGGAUGCGCAGCGUGCGGACCUUGCUGGUGAAGAACCGCUUGCAGAUGCUGAAGAGGCGGCGCGAAGAGGAGGCUCCCGAGGCGGCCGAGGCGGCCGGGGGGCGCGAUGCCACUGCCACUGCCACGGGCAUCUUGGAAGUGGAAGAUUCGGAAUCUUCGAGCCGUGAGAGCCGGAAGGGGAGGUGCAAGAUGUCCAAGCCCAAGCCGCCCAAGCACCAGAGGAAGGAGGCCCGCCGAAGUCGGCCAAGACCAAAGCUGACGGCGGCAGCGGGUCUCGACAGAGGCCUUUCAGUGAACUCCCGAUCGGAUCGAUCGAGAUCCGGAGUUCUCUUGGUCCCCAGAGAAAAAUCCGCGAAUCCACAGAAGGAAGCGACUUGUCAGCGGAUCUUCGUCCUAUUCCUUUCUGCCCUGGUUCAAGCAGACAAGCACCCGCCACCCGAAGUGCAAGAAUGGCCUUCAGCAUGGCACAGGCUCGACGGCAGUGGUGAGCGCCAAUGUGGACAAGGAACACCCCCGGCCCCCCAAUCCUGUCUUAGCCCUAGGCCUAGGCAGCUCGGCAGCUGGGCAGCGCAAGCUUCAGUGUUGGCCGCCGCUUUGCUUGGCAGCUCCUCGGUUUCCGAGUUCGCCUUGCGUCUGGAUUCGGAACGAGCCCGGCGAGGCUUGCUCUUUGGCACGGAGUUU